ACAACAUCUGUGCAAUACAACGCACUCGCUCUUCAUCCUCUUCUGUGCGUGUUAUAGCGUUGAAAGAACAGUCAUGGCUUCUGAAUCGCGCUUAUUCUCGCUCUCACACGAUACUGAACAGCUCAUUCGCAAGUUCAGGCUAGGUGGUGCAAAGCUUGGCAAUGCCUACAUUUCCUUCAGCAUCAAUAAACAAACCCAUGCGAUUGCCGCAUCGGCCGGUAUUGAACAAAUCGAGUCUGUGGAUGAUCUAGUGGAUGACUUGCCUGAUAAUACACCACGUUAUGUCCUCUUGACUUAUGCUCUGCAGUAUAAGAAUGAUAGUGGCAGGAAAGCUGACAAAUUGGCAUUGAUUUAUUGGAUUCCUCGGACUGCUUCUACCGAAAUGGCAACACUCUACGCUUCUGCAAAAGUCUGGUUUCAGGAGAAAUGCGAUGUGGCCAAGGUGCUUGAGAUUCGUGAAGCGGAUGACCUGACUGAAGAGUUUCUUGAGGAGCGUUUGCGAUGAAAGCGCAUGGAUGGCUAAUCUAACAAGACACGACAACACGAUUGAAGUCUCGAUGUGGCAGAUGAGAGGCAUGGCAAGAAUGGUCAAACGCACCAUAGGAUGUUGUUUAUAAGCAUCAGAAAGCACAAGCAGGAAAGAUUUAGCAAAUCGGUUGUACUGCAUUAUAGAAUGGUGAUGAAGGGAUUAGAUGAGAAGCAAACAAGCUCAGAGUGAGC